UGUGUGUGUGUGUGUGUGUGCGUGUGUGUGCGCGCGCGCCUUCCCUCUCUCUCUUUCUCUCCGCGUGUGUGUUUGGAUAGAGCAGAGAGCGCGCGCUCCGGGCUUGGCGCAGGCACCGGUCCGUCGUGCGACACAGCGGCAGCAUGGCUUCGUCUCACGGGAGAAGCGACCUGCGCUUCGCGGACUGGAUGGCAAGUUUACCGCAGAACAUGCACACCGUCCCGCUCACCAACAUGGCUAUUCCUGGUUCCCACGACUCCUUCAGUUUCUACAUCGACGAGGCUUCUCCGGUGGGCCCCGAGCAGCCGGAGACGGUGCAGAACUUUGUUUCUGUUUUCGGCACGGUAGCCAAGAAGCUAAUGAGAAAGUGGCUGGCUACGCAGACUAUGAACUUCAUCAGCCAGCUGGAGGCUGGAAUCCGCUUCUUUGACCUGCGCAUCUCCACCAAGCCUCGCGACCCCGACAACGAGCUGUUCUUCGCCCACGGGCUCUUCAGUGCCACGGUACGAGAAGGCCUGGAGCAGAUCAGUAGUUUCCUGUCAGCGCACGCCAAAGAAGUCGUUUUCCUGGAUUUCAACCAUUUCUACGGCGUGCAGAACCUGCACCAUGAAAAACUGGUGGCCAUGUUGAAGGAGGUGUUUGGGGAGAAACUCUGUCCAGUUGUUUUCGCUCAAGAGGUGACUCUGAAGUAUCUGUGGGAGAAGGAGUACCAGGUGCUUGUUUUCUACCACCACCCCAUGGCGCUGGAGGUGCCCUUCCUGUGGCCGGGUCAGAUGAUGCCGGCUCCAUGGGCAAACACCACCGACCCAGAGAAGUUGGUUCAGUUCCUGCAGGCGUCUGUAACUGAUCGCAGGAGGAAGGGGACAUUCUUCGUCUCUCAGGUGGUCCUGACGCCGAAGGCGAGCACUGUGAUGAAGGGUGUGGCCAGUGGACUGAGGGAGACAAUCACAGAAAGGGCGUUACCGGGCAUGAUGCAGUGGAUCAGAUCACAACGACCCGGGGAGAGCGGCAUCAACAUCAUCACAGCGGAUUUCGUCGAGCUGGGAGAAUUCAUCAGCGCCGUCAUCAGUCUGAACUACCAUCACCUGGAGGAAGACGACGAUGACGCGACCUGAGAGCCCGACGCGGGGGGGUGUCAGAGAGCGCAGCUGCCGCCACAGUAGGCGGAGUGGUUGAGUCUGGGCUCUCACCCGUUUUCCUCUUUGGCAUUUAUUUCAGGAGGGAAGCUGCACACUUCCUUUCACUUUAUUUAGGGCUAUAGUGGACUGAGAAGAGAAAUGUGAAAGCUGYUAAAAAUAAAACGCUGAUGUUGGGUUGGAGCACCAUGAGAAUGAGGUUUGUUUGUGUCCUGUUUUGGGGGUGGGGGGUAUAAAAACUUUUUUUUUGUUUUCCAGGUUUGUUGCUCAUUUCCCGCUGUAAAAAAUCCCUGCUUUUCCCCACUGAUCAAAUGCACUGUUCAAACACAGGUUCCUUAGGGCAUAACAACGCUACUAACUGUACCUUUAACACAAGUCUUAAUAUAGUGAUAGUAACAGUUUGUUUGAGGAUGUUUAAAUAAUUACUGUAUGUGUAACUGAAAUUAUUGGCUGGUAUAUGUAGCUUGCUUUUCUCUGUCUGGUUUAGAAAAUCAGUCCAAGUGCAGCCUUUUUUUAUGUCCUUUUCAAACAAUAUGCAUCCCCAGUCAAAUCCCUGUGGGUGGUUUCUUUUUUUCUUUUCUUUUUAAACACCUCCAGCAGCUUGAAUGCAGUGUGUGUUUAAAAUGUGUUGUUGCAACGUGUUUAUUUAUUACACGAACAAGAAAUAAACUACCCCCUCUUGUAUUAAUCUCCCAUUGGGUUUUCACACAGUAAAUGGCCUCUACUGAAGUCGGAUUGCAUUUGCCAGGCAGUCCUAUGUGAAAGUGUGCAUUGAUUGAUUUUAAGCAUAGAGUCACUGAUUCAAAACCACAAAAAGAAGAGAGAAAGCGAGAGUGCAGCUUGGCUAGCUGUUGGAAAAGCACCAACUGUGUUGUUACAUACAUGUUCUGUUCCUGCCCUUCACAACAACUCACAUUUAUGAUGCAUUUGAAAACACAAGACAAGCAUCGGGCCUCGCUGUAGGAAAUGCACUAAACGCGGCCAGCCAUUUCUAAUGGUUAUUAUGAAGCAUUCAUUGUACUAUGUGGUGGUUUCUGAGUCGUGACAGCAAAGUGCGAAAAUACGUUAUAUUUAGGCACAAGAGUGUAACCGUUUCAGUGUCUGUCUCUCCUUUGCUGGUAGCUUGCCCUCUCUGUGUUUAUUUGGACUUGCCGCUCWAGUGCGGCGAAUAUGAGUCAUCAUGAGAUGCACUGUUGUGUUGUGUCUUUGAUAAUAACAGGUGAUAAAACUUCUUCAUUUACUUCAAGUGUUAAAAGGGUCAGGGCGGGUCAGGGAGUGUAAAUGUCACCAUGUACAGAUAUAAUCUAAUUGUAGCUCUUUAAUGGAGAUAUGUUUCUAAAUCUCUGAACUGAUCUUGUGUAAGUGCUGGAGCAGCACAAUUCUGCACCCUUUAUUCUUGUUUUUUUUAUUUUUGGUGCUUUUAUUUUAUAAAAUUUUACUGGUAAUUUUGAGUUCAUGAAGCAUAUUAAAAUAAAACAUGAUUUUACUAAUUAUGCAGGAAAAAUAAAUCUUAUAUCUGUCAGUUAUUCCCACUCCUUAUGAUUAAUGUGGCAUUUCUGUACAGAAUGUAUUCCUGCCAGGAUGUUGUGGUCAAGUUUAAUAUUGUGCAGCCAAAAUUCAAAUAAAUAUAAAAAUGUCAGCUCURGGAGUUGGUGAAUGUAUGUGUUCUGUGAGUAACUGUGCCAUUUCUAAACGUCUCCUCUGAGUGACUGAGUUGCAGCCUGAAAGUCAUGUUUGUAUUAUAAGCUUCAACACCUUCUUCUAUGUGAUUCCAUGACAAAUGUUUUAUAUUGUGGAGCAUUUCUACAUUCUGCAAUUGCAAAUAGUGCAUUGCCAACAACAUGUAAAUUCAGUUCUAACAAGUCAUUCACAUUUAUACAAAUUGUACCUUAAGUAAGUUGCCAAACUGCUCUCAUUUUUUAAAAUGUAUUCUUCACUUGUGUGCAUGAAAGAAAAGUUUCUACAAAUAAAUCCGUUGUCUAUUUUGCGUAUUGCUCUGAACAGCCUGUGUGCAUCGAAAAUAGAAAUGUUCCUACCCUUUAAAACAAAACAACAAGAAAAUCAUUUCAUUUUUGACUUGUUGCACUGCCACAACCUGUUCGCCCAAACCACAUAAAUAUGAAGGCUGCAAAUUGUGUUGUGUCUUUCUUGGUCCAAACUGUUGUCAUUGCCCUUGUUAUCUGAUGUGAAAAGAGUCCUUUUGCUGUUGUGAAACUCCCAAACAUUUUGCUCAAAAUAAAGUGACUCUGUUCUACGUGGAAAACGCCCCAUCAAAUAAAGCUUCUAUGCCUUUGA